UAUCCACGUGGGAGAAACCGGCUGGUUUUGUUUCGUCUUCAACUGGGAAGAGUCAACGGGGCGGGCGUUGUGAAUCAGACUCAGACGAUAGUGACAGUGAAGCAGAGAGUUCAGAAACAAAUUUCAAGAGGAAAGGAGGUAAUGGUGAAGAAUCAGAGGAGGACAAGAAAUCUCCCAGAGCUAAGAAGUUAAGUCCUUACGGGAAGUGGCGAGAAGUUAAGCCAGCAGAAACCGGUGACAAAAAGGAGAGUACAUCAGCUUCCCCGGAAACCUCUGGUGAUGAACCUAAGACCAAGCCUCAUGGAAAAUGGAAAGCGCUUAAAGAAGUAGAAAAAGAAGAAGAAGUAGAAGAACAACCAAGUGACAAAGUGGACCUGGAGCUUCCAAGUACCGAGAGUGACAGUCAGCCACCCCCCGUGCUAGAGGUGCCAGAAGAUGCGACCGUGAUAUUUAAGGAGAAGACGGUCACCUCCCUUGGAGACCUGACAGAAGGGGUACCAACCUUUAAAAAGAGGAAAUUUGAAAAUGGAAAAUCUAGAAACUUAAGACAAAGACUAAGUGAUCAGUAA